AAAUGUGAAUUACUUUGUUUCCAAAAUUUCAGUAAAUGUGAUGCUUUACGUGGUCCUAAACCACAAACAAAUUGUAAUACAUUAGCGGUAUGAGGAUAUGUGACACAUCGAUUUAAAUCUACGCCAAUUUCAUCAACGAAGAUGAUGAGGAAGAAAAUAAAGGUGAGUAAAUAUUAGUUUAAUAAGCUGCACUUAUUAAACAAUAUUUUAAUGUUUUUUUAAAUCGUUGUUUCAGUUGUUGACUCGGGCGAAAGUGAUGAAAGUGACGACGAUUUAGACGAUGAAGAUUUGUCGUUAAUUGAAGAGAAUCUAAACACGAAAAUUCGACGCAAGCCUAAACGUGUUCAAAUUCAAAAUGAUGAUGAUGACGAAGAAGAAGAGCAACAACUACAGCAACAACAACAGCAACAACAACAACAACAACAGAGAAAAAGACAUGGUGACACUGAAGCAAAAUUUCAUGACAAAAAAGCGAAUCAGACAACAACAGCUAGUGAUGAUGAACAAUCGAUUGCUGAAGAAGAAAUCAACGAUGAUGAUGAUGAUUUUAUUGUUGAUGAUGAAAAUCAACCAAUAGCCAAUAGAAAAAAAAGUCGUUCAGUACAUAAUGCACCAGAAGAUAUAGCUGAAGCACACGCAAUAUUCGGUGAAGGUUUUUCGUGGAACGAUAUUGCCGAUAUUGAUGAAAAUGAUAUGGAUAGAAAUAUUGAAGAUGUGGAUGAUGAGCAAGAUUUGGACGAUGAAGAUGAUGAUGAAGAAAUGAUGAGUGAUGAUAUGGAUGAGCAGGAGGCAGGUGAUGAGGAUGAGGAUGAUGAAACUGUUCGUGAUAAAAAACAUCGUGCUCGUGCAACAAAAAUACGACGACAAAAACGUAAACAAAAAGCCGAAGAAUUAUUUGAACCAGAAGAAUUACAACGAGGUUAUUUAACAGAAUUUGAUAUUAAUGUGCGAAUGUUAGAUCGUCCAGAAAGAUUUCAGUUACGAACCACGGAAGUUACCGAAGCAAGUGAAAAAGAACUUGAAGAAGAAGCAGAAUGGAUUUAUAAUGCUGCAUUUCUGAAACCAACAAUAUCGACACAGCCAAAUGAUGAACAAACAAUUAAACCAUUGAGUGCAAAGAAAAAGAUCAAAAAUGCUCUGAAUUAUAUGAGAAAUGAAUUUAAUGAAGUUCCCUUUAUUGCUUUCUAUCGUAAAGAGCAUAUUGAACCAGAAUUACGUAUUAAUGAUUUAUGGAAAGUUUGGCAAUGGGAUGAAAAAUGGAUGCAAUUUAGCAGUCGCAAAGAAAAAUUAUUAUCAAUGUUUGAACGUAUGGAAAAAUAUAAAGUAUAUUUAUAUGAACAUAUGAAUGAUGAUGAUCAAGAACAACUAUCAACAAAAUUAUUAACCGAUUGUGAUAUUGAUAAAGAACGUUUAAAUGUAUGUCAAACAUUCGAAGAAUUAGAAGAUUUACGUGAACAAUUUUAUUUAUAUUAUGCUAAUGAUAUACCACAAAUGCGUUUAAUGGAAAAAAUGGCUGAAUAUAAAGAAGAGAAAGAAAAACGAAAACAAAUGGUAAAUCUACUAGAAGAUGGUGAUGAUGAACAACAACAAUUACAUAUGCAUGAUGAACAUGAUGAUAUGGAUGAAGAGACUUUGUUAGAUAAAUUUCGUCAACAAUUAAAUAUUAAAUCAAAUAUUCAAACAAAAAAUGAUUUAUAUAGUCUUUGUAAACAAGGAAAAUUAGAUGGACUUGCAAAAAAAUUUGGUUUAAAACCGGAUAAAUUUGGUGAAAAUUUACAUGAUGGUUAUCAAAAAAAUGAAAUUGAUCAAUAUCCAAUAGAUCCAAUACAAACAUGUGAAGAUUAUAUAACAAAACAAUUUCCCGAUACAAAAUCUGUUUUACAAGCAGUUGUCUAUAUGCAUGCAAAACAAUUGUCGAUGGAUCCACUUGUACGUUAUGUUAUACGUAAAGAAUAUAUUCGACGAUGUAUGAUAAAUGUUCGUCCAACACGUUUAGGUGAACAAACGAUUAAUGAAGAUCAUCCGUGUUAUUCAAUUAAAUAUUUAUUAGAAAAGCCUGUUCACACAUUUCAAAAUGAUCAAUAUUUGUAUUUAUAUCAAGCCUAUAAAGAUCAAUUAGUGACCAUUGAUUAUGUUAUUGAUUCAAAAUUAUCUUCAGUCAAAUAUAGUGAUGAAAUCAAACGUUCUUAUCAACGUGAUGAAUAUAGCGAUACUGUACAAGAAUGGAAUAAAUAUCGUUCAUUAUGUCUUGAUCUUGCAUUAGAAAAAUUUCUAUAUCCAAAAUUCAAAAAAGAAUUAGAAGAAAUUUUAUUACAAGAAGCAAAACAAUACGUUUUAAAACAAUCAGCACUCACAUUACAUGAAUGGUUAAAAAUUGGACCUUAUCGAACAUUGAAUGAUGAUAAUAAUAAUAAUGGAAUAAAUGGAGAAGGUAUUCGAGUAUUAAGUAUUGCUUAUGCAACGGAUUUAGAUGAUGUGUCGUAUGCAUGUAUUGUGAAUGAAAAUGGACAAGUAAUGGAUUUUCUUCGUUUACCCGAUUUAAUGUUAAGAGAUGGCAAACCAAGUGAUCCACGUUCAUACGAUGCACGAUCAACAGAUAUACGAUUGAAAAAAGCCGAAGAUUUUCAUAAAUUAAAAAAUUUUAUUCGACAACGAGUACCAGAUGUUGUUUGUAUUGAAGACUUAACGGAUGAUUUACAUCGAAAUGAUGAACAAUUUCAACAACAACCACAGCCUAUACCCGUUUUAUUAGUUGAUAAUGAAUUACCUAAAAUUUAUUCACAAUCACGAAAAAGUGAACAAGAUUUUCGUGAUUAUCCAACUAAAUUACGUCAGGCUAUUUCACAAGGUCGACGUUUACAAGAUCCAUUAUUAGAAUUUUCUCAAUUACAUAAUUAUGAUCAAGAAAUAUUAUUACUUCGUUUUCAUCCAUUACAAGAACAUGUUGAUCGAGAACAAUUAUUAAAUGAAUUGGAACAACAAUUUAUUAGUCGUACAAAUGAAGUUGGCGUAGAUUUAAAUCGAUGUGUCACAUAUCCUCAUACCGCUAAUGUAUUACAAUUUGUUUGUGGUUUAGGACCACGUAAAGCAUCACAUUUACUGAAAUUUUGGAAACAAAGUAAUUCACAUUU